AAGUUGCGAGUUCCCGUUUGAAAACCCUACCAGCAAACCCUUUGCGUCGCUUCCUGCGGGACUUUCCCCGGGCAGCGGAAAUAAAUCAGCACGAAUUUCGAAUCUCACCAAAAGGAACUUCCGUCGGCGCGGGCGCAGGGCGCAGCCAUGGACGCGGCUUGGCCCUCCGAUCCCAAGGCGGCCCGGGCCGGCCGGUGCGCGGCCGAGGACGGGGUCCCGCUCCCGACUGGUGUCUUUCACGUCGCAGAGAAAUUGCAAAAAAGGACAUGUGCGCUCUGCCCCGAAGACCUUGACUAUAGCGUCCUGUACUUUUCACAGUCGGAGGACCUAGCUGCUCAUGAAAACUGUUUGCUGUAUUCUUCAGGACUUGUGGAAUGUGAGAGUGACAAUCCAAGUGACCACGAGAGAAAUUUUGACGUGGAAUCAGUAAAGAAAGAAAUCAAGAGAGGAAGGAAGUUGAAAUGCACAUUUUGCGGUAAAAAGGGAGCCACCGUGGGAUGUGAUUUAAAAUCCUGCUUGAAGAAUUACCACUUUUUCUGUGCCAAGAAAGACCACGCAGUUCUACAAACUGAUAAACUUCAAGGAACUUAUAGAGUGUUUUGCACACACCAUGCUGGAACGCAAAAGGCUGGACCUGAAAAUGGACCAAGAAAAAGAGGGAGGAAAAGACUUUCCUCAACAGGCAAUCAUGCACAGCCAUCUGAAAGUAUGGCAUUGAAUAGACCAGAUGUGCUUCUGAAAGUUGCUUUUCUUAAGCAAUGUAAAGAAGCAGGACUUCUUGAUGCUUUAUUUCAAGAAAUUCUAGACAAAUUUGCUUGGAUUCAACACAGACUCAUGGGUGAACCCACUUCAGAAUCAGAGAUAGAGAAUAAAAUCCAUCAAUCUGAACAAAGGAGGCAGCAGCUGGACAAAGAGAUUAAGCUACUUCAGGACAUAAAGGACACCCUGGGCUCCCUCUUUCCAUCAAGUUCUCCUUCGAAUUCUUCUCUGUCUUCUUAAGAAUAACCGUUUCCUAAACCAGGAAUCAAGCCGUCAGGCUGAAUGCUGGAGACGGGCCUGGGAAAGCCACACAUCUUUAGGACCAGGCCUGCCCUGUCUCUCUGGGCCUCAAAGUCGGAUCCUCAUAGCUCCUACCUCUUCUUGCUGAUGGGCCUCUCAUGCCUGUCUCCUGCCACUGCCGCCUCCUGUCACCACCUUACUGCUACCUCUCCCCUCCAAUGAAAUACUUCUCAGCUUCUACAUGAGUAAAUUGGAUCAUGCCUCCCAUGGCUCUGAAAAUGCUUCGGUGGCCACCCCCCCCUCGCCUGGUCCUUCCAGCUCAGUGGAUUCCAGUGACACCAGGCACUCCUGCCCCCAGGGCCUCUGCAUAUCCUGCCGCGAAGCCUUCACUGCUCUAGCACCUCCUCUGCCUGCUCCGCCCACAGAUCUCCUCAUACCAGUUCUCCCAUUUAUUCCAUCUGAGUACUUUCUGCCCCGCCCCUUAGUGAGACCCACUGUAUCAUACAUCAGACCACUGGAGUACGAGCCGUCUGAGGGCAGAGGCUCACUCUUCCUGUGUUUUCCUAUCACAUUCCCAGCAGCUAGCAUGGUCACUGUGUUGAAUAAACAUAUAAAUUGUUUUUAUCUUUUGAGACUAGUUCCAGCCCCUAAUGCCUCAUAUAUAUAAUAAAUUUAAUACCUAUACCAAAUGCACCUGUGUGCUUUUUAAAUUUCUCUUCAGCUACAGUCACCACAUGGGCAUUACAACAUCUUCAAAAUAAACAUUUAAAAC